ACUCUUAUUUUGUUCUGGCGACAUGACGCCAAAUGGCAGCGCCGCACUCCCGCAUCUCAAGAGAAAACCCUCAUGAAGCGACUGGGAUGCUGUUUUAAAAUGGCGGUUAUUAAAGAGGAGAGCGAAGACCUGAGGAUUGCUGAAGUGUUCAGCCUCAAACAAGAGGACAUUGAGGAACAAAUAGACCUGAAACCCUUGAACGAAGAGAUCCAAGAACCAAACGAAAUAAAAGAGGAGAAAAAUCAGUUGGAGGAACAUCAUGAUUUCAUAACGGUAGAACAAAAUAGCUGCUCACCGACUGAUGAGAGGACCACCCGUGAAACAUCCCAAAAUACCAACAGUGGCUUCAGCUGCCAACGCUGCGGAAAGAGUUUCGUUAAAGAAGGACAUCUUAAAAACCACUCUAGAACUCACACCGGAGAGAGCUCUUUUACCUGCAAACAGUGCGGCAAAGGCUUCACGCAGAAAGCCAACCUCAGAAACCACACGAAACUCCACGCAGAGGAAAGCGCUUUAUUCUGCCAGCAGUGUGGAAAGAGAUUCAAGCUGAAAAAAGAUUUCAGGCGGCACAUGAGGGGACACUCUGGAGAAAAGCCUCACAAGUGCCUUCACUGCGGGAAGAGUUUCAUUGACAAAUCAUCAGCCAACGUCCACAUGAGUGUUCACACAGGAGAGCGUUCGUUUGUGUGCGCCGCAUGCGGAAAGAGCUUCGCGAGUAACGCAAACCUCAUCAACCACAGGAAGAUUCAUUUAAAGAGAGACGUUUUAUCUGCCGUCAGCGUGGAAUGAGUUCUCCAGACGCUGAUCUUCUGAAGGCUCACGUAAUAUCUCACGUCGCGGGGAGAUCUUUCAUGGGUCCUGAAAGAGUUGCGUGUAGAGAUCGAAUCUUAUUCACAGCGGAGAGAAGCCAUUCUGAAAACCCGCAUGAGGAUCCACAACGGAAAAGAGCCGUUCACCUGUACCGACUGAGAGAAGAGCUUCAGGGUUAAAGGAAACUUAAAGAAUCACAUCAGACUUCACACUGGAGAAAAGCCGUACACUUGUACGCAGUGUAAAAGGAGUUUCAGAUAUCGGAGAACCCUAAAAAAGCAUUUACAAACUCACAAUAAAGACGAUUCACUG